AUGAAGGAGUACAAGGAGGAAGGGGAAGCACACACAAAGGAGCAGGUCUCGCAGUUGCUGUCUUCGUCAGAGUACAAAGCUUGGCACCAAACAUGCACAACGUGUGGCGCUUGCUGGUUUCAGCAGCACUGGUCUCCGGGCUGUGAAGAGUGCGGCGGCUUUGCCAUGCUGCGACCGUGUCCCAUCUGCGAAGGCCGAUGCGGCGCCAUAUGGAAGAGGAGCGUGGCCAUGUCAAAAUCAAACAAGAGCGCGUUCUGGGACGGCGAAUGUGGGCUGUCUCCAGAACAGCAGCAGCUGCUCCUGCUGCGCAUGGAAGAGGGCGAUGUCAGCGAUGUUGUCGACAUGAUGGAGGAUGUCUCCACCGCUAGGCCGUGA